AUGGAAGAGGACGACGAUGCCGUUGCAAGAAUGUUCGGCAUCACGCCAGAUGAGCUGGAGAUCUCCUCUUCAACCCUCAGCAGCAGCAGUAGCAACAGCUCAGUGCUCGCAUCCUCGUCUCGCAACGUGGCAGCGGCUGGAAAGCUCCCUGGUGACACGGAGGGUCUCUCCUUCGACGAAAACGUGAAUGACGGAACGCGCGAGCCCUUCUACCCGGGAACGGGCCAUAUGGAGCGCGUCGGUGGCGACGUGACGGAGGAGGCGUGCGGGCGAAACAUAAACGUGCCGUGGCCGACCGUUGGCAUGGGUGACCUGGAGUACUUGCAGGUGCUCCUUGACGUUGUUGUGCCAGUGGCGCGUGAGUUUGCGCCGGAUAUCAUCUUUGUUAGCUCCGGCUUUGACAGCGCCGCAGGGGACCUCCUCGGUGCGAUGCGACUCUCACCAUCGGGGUAUUCCCUUCUCACCAAAACCCUCGCCGCCGUCUGCCCGCGGCUCGUGGUGGCACUGGAGGGCGGCUACAACUUGUCAAACGUCGCGCUCUGCACGGAGGCAGUCAUGCGGGCGCUGCUGGAGUGUAGCGGCUCCGCCCCACUGCCGCGGAGUGGGAUGCUGAGGUGCCAGGCGGAGGAGCUGGUGAAGCAGGUGCGCCACACCCACGAACGCUACUGGCGCUGCUUCGCGCGCUCCGAGUGA